GCCUGGCGGCGUUAAGAAAUCUGCGCGCGAAUUGUGAUACUGUUGGCUUUCGAUAAAAAGGGCCGUGCCAGAUGAAGCUGCGCUUCGAGGCUUGUGUUGUAAACGUGGAAAAUCAGGUGACUGAUGACAAACUAGGCCUCGGUUUGUGUGGACACAUCAUCGGUUCGGUCUGAGUGUCGUUUCGCUUUAUCCGUGUCGGAUAAAGGGGGUUCGAAACUCGCGCCCCCUUGUGGGUGUUGUCAGGAGUAGUUGAAUCAGUUGUAGUAGAGUCAAAGUUAUAGUCAGAGUCAGAGUUAGAUAGUUGUGUCGUCGUCGUUAUUGUGUCAUAUAUGUAUUAUAUUAUUGCUAUGUAUUGUUGGAUUAUAUCAAGUUAGAUUAGUUAUAGUAUAUUGUUAUAAUUAAUUAUAGUAACUUUUUGUGACAUCUUCCUUUUGCCUUGUAAUGGAGCCAGCAAGAAAGAGGAAAUACUCCCCUGUCUGGGAGUUUUUUUAAAUGGUUGGUCACAAUAAGGUAUGUGUAUUAUUAUUGUUUUACUGUCUUGAUAUAAUAAUAAUACUCACUAUAAGUCUGUAUUAUAUUUCAUGUCUAUUCGUUUAUGUUUCUAGGUGAAAUGCUUUCUGUGCCUAAAGGAGCUGACAUACAGCAAUAACACCUCCUCCAAUGCUCAGGCAUUAUCGAGCACGCCACGAGCAUGCACAGACUACUAACAAUCCACACAGUAGUCAAAAUUCCAAAAAAGAAAAGGGAAAUGAGGCCCUGGUGAACUUGGUCAUCAAGGACUCCCAACCCUUUUCCAUUGUGGAUGCUGAUGGAUUUAGGGAGCUUCUGCAUGUGUUGGAUCCCACUUAUGCUAUCCCAACUCGAAAGGGUUUGAAGGCCAUGGUUGCUCAUAAAUACAAGGAGGCUAAGGAGAAGGCCAGAGAGCAGUUGCAGAAAGUUGCGGCAAUAAGCCUUACCUCUGACAUGUGGACAUCAUUAAACAUGGAUGCCUUCCUAGCAGUAACUUGCCAUUUUAUAGAUGACAAUGACAAGCUCUGCACUGUUUUACUACGUGUAGAGCAUUUCCCUCAGAGCCAUACUGCGGAGAACUUGGAUACUGGACAUAUCAAGCUCAUGGACGAGUGGGGCAUAAAGGAUGAAGUGAAGUGCCUGGUAACUGAUGCUGCAGCCAACAUGAUAGGAUGUGUACGAUCAUUGAAUGUUAGGCAUUCGAUAUACAUUGCACGUGCUCUAAACCUUAUUGUGAGGAAAUCUUUUGAUGACAUCAGUAGCUUCAAUGACAUUCGAUCCAAAUGUAGGAAACUUGUGACCUAUUUCCAAACCAGCACUACAGCAAAAGAGAGACUGGCCCAAGUACAGGAGCAGAUGGGGAGACCAGUUCUGAAAAUGAUCAUUUAAGUACACACUCUCUGGAACAGCACUUACAACAUGCUGGAACGGCUCUAUCAGCUGAGAGAGCCAGUGGGGGCAGCCCUGGCUUCUCUAAAGACUGACUUCACCCCUUCAACAGCCCUGGAACAACCUUUCCCACCCCACACUUUUCUGUUGCAAUUUGCGUUAUUACACUCCCUCCACCAUAAGCACUCGACUCAACACAGUCUCACUUUUGUUGUUCCUACUGUCACUAUCCAAACAAUUUAUGAACAAUUAAUGAACUGUGCGUGACAGUUGUCUCUGCACAAGUAAAUUCAGACAGACAGAGAAACAUAUUUUAUUUGAUACCCAGGCAAUGGACAAAUGUCUGCUCAGGUCAUUGGUUCAAUAUUAAUUUAUUGGUCUGCUAUUUCUUUGCACAGUAGCUAGGUGUCAGUAGUGAGCAAUAAUGAAUGAAGCUUCGAGUAAUGAACCUUUUGGUGAAGCAAUGGGCUGUGAGGUCUCAGUGGUUCAGGAAGCCUCAUUUUGCCAUCACUACUCACAGCCCAUUGCUUUUGUUGUGGGAAAAGAGCUCUUAUUCCUGACUUUCUUUAUAUAUUAACCACGAAAUAAAUGCUAAAAUAUAAAUAAAAAAUCCCUGUGACACAGAUAAACAUAACAAGACAAACAAUGUAAAAUCAGCAAUUGGUCCAAGCAGGAUUAGAACCAGUCAAAGACACAGCAUGCGAAUGAAAGCCAACCGAGCUGACCUUUAGAAUAGCAAUGGCUUAUAUUGAAAUUUGCAUGAGCAUAGUGAGAAUUCUGUAAUCACCCUCUUUACUUUUCAAACCUGUAUAACAGCAUAACGUGUUAACCGUAUAAACACAAAAGAAGAUAUUUGAAAGAAAGUUAGUAACAGAAAACCGUUCGUCCACAUUGUCUUUUCUUCAUACAAUAGAAGUCAAUCGGGACCAUUGGUAAAUGAUGACAGAAAUUUCGUUUUGGGGGGGAACUAAGGUACCUUUAAUCAUGACUUGACUUAAUUUGACAUUUUACACAUUUUACAAAUAGCUUACUGGAACAUAUUGCAUUAGUAAUGUGGUUUUGUUUUCAGCGGGAUUUUCUUUAAUUUCUUUUCAUUUUUUGUUUUUCUACAAAGUUAAGCUGGAUAUGGAUUUGAGAUGACACGGGCCUCCGACUUGCCAUAGAGCGCGCAAACCCAAAAGGGGAGGGGCUAUGUAUAUUAGCUAAUACGUUUGCGUUUUGAGUGACGUGUGACGUUAACUUAACGUCGAUCGGCGCCCGGCGUUACUUAAACGCGUGGCGGCGUAUGACGUUAAUUUAGCUCCAGACGGCGCUUAUUUAACGCCUGGCGGCUUUAAGAAAUCGGCGUUUUUAAAUUUAUACGGCGAUCCAAAGCACGCGAAUUGUGAUACUGUUGGCUUUCGAUAUGCGAGUCCUUUUAGAAGACGCGUUUCCUUUCUGAAUGAAUCCGCGUGCUGAAACGAAUCAAGUUGAAUCAGUUCUGAUUUCAGCCAUCUUUAUCCUGCGUUCCUAGAUGAAUCCGCUGUUUGAAUCGGUUCAAUGAAAUCAAUAAUCACUCACUAUUAUUCACUAAUGACUUACUUCGGCAGUAGCGACACCUAUUGGCGGUUUAAAUUUAAAAUGUUUUUCUAUUAAUUCUAUUAACCUAUUAAUUUCAACGUUCUGUUUUUAAAAUGCAAUAAAUAAUUUACGGGAUAUCAAAGACUGCGUUUUUCAAGGUCUGAGUUUUUGUUUCUUGGUAUCCUCUGUUCAUUUGUAUUUAUUUAAGUGUUUAUUCAACAGGAACAAUGCAGGAUAACAUUACAGAUCCUCUACACACAGACUUAAAGCCAAUGGAUAAUUUUGCAGGCCCAGUCUAUGGUUAGGCGUUUGAAAAACAGUAAAAUAAAAACAUAAAAGUGUAAAAUGACAAGAACAGUAAAUAUCACAAAAAAUUGAAACUGUAUACAACCAUGUUCACAAUCCUGCUUUUAUUUUAACCAUUAAAUACGUAUGGCUGAUGCUGGCAUUAAUAGCAUAAUUUGUGUAAUUGUGAACGUUUUAGGUUUAUCUGUACCAAAUUCUAUGAGGGGUAUGUAAUUUAUUUCAAUAUUCCAGCAUUGGGUUAUUUUAAUCCAGCAGUGUGUUCUGUCAAAUAUUUAAUCAUGGGUCAAAAACAACCCAGCACGUUUUAGAGGGUUUAUACACUGCUCAAAAAUAUAACGGAACGCUUUUCAUCACAGUAUAACACCAAUCAGUUAACCUUCAGGAAUAUCAAUCAACCUGUGAUUUAAGCAUAAGUGAUUGUGAAACAUAUUUACUGUUUUUGGUGCAAAUAAAAGUGACAACAGGUAUACUGGAGAAUCAACAGCAAGGGUGGUCUGGGGUGGACCAUCCUUAGGGGGUCACACAGACAUCAUGUGCUAUGGGGAUGAAAUCCUCAGAUGUGUUUUCAGACCUUAUGCUGGUGCAGUGCAGGGUCCUCCUGGUGCAUGAUAAUGCCCAACCACUUGUGACCAGAGUCUGUUGGCAGUUUCUGGAUGAUGAAGGCAUUGAUGCCAUUGACUGGCCCUCAUGUUCCCCAGACCUAAAUCCAGUUGAGACCCUCUGGGAUCUCGUAUAUCCGAAGCUGUCAAGUAACACCAUAUACUGUCAAGGGGCUCACUUAUACUCUGAUCCAAGUCACAGAGGAGAUCCCCCACGGCAAAAGAUCUGACAACAGAUAACCCUUGCUGUUGCAUCUGCAGUGUACCUGUUGUCACUUUUAUUUGCUAUAUGCAAGUGAAACUGAUUCACUAUCACUUAUGCUUCCUUGGUAUUAUGUUGUGCUGAUUAUAAGUUUUCCCUUAUUUUUUUAGCAGUACAUACAGCAGUACAUAGUACAGUAUAUAUUAGGCAGGGUGAAUACAGUUAUUUAAAUUAUUAAAUAAAGAGGUUAAAUGAGUGUUCAUAGGUAUAUGAAACUUCAUCAUUAUUUACUCUUCAGCUUAAAUGCACAAAUGUACUCCAGGGUUCAUCAUCCCUAUUCGGCAUGUGGUAGUCGUUUUGGUUAAAAUCCAUAUUAAUGGGCAAAAAUCAAAGACAAAAAAAUAUGACUGAACUGAAAGUGUUCCGUUUUUACGGUUUGGUGAAGUUAUUAAAUAGGAACGUAAUGCCAUAUGCCAUCGUCCUUUACCACUGGAUAUUUAGCGAUAGAGAUAUGUGACAAUCCUGAAUAUGGCACUUACCCGUCUAUGAAAAAUCAUGCACUAAAACAAAUGCUUUUAAAACUUGACCUCACAUGGGUAUUUGAACCAUCAAAUGUUGAUAUCUUUGUUGUUGGCAUGAUAAAAACCGUUGGUAAAACUAAAACAUUUUUAAUGGUAAGGUUGGAAUUUUAACGGAGUUGCCCAUAUUCUUUGGUUUAUAUUUUCAUGGUUUAUUAACGUGCCAAUUUAGCCGGCAGAUUUGUAAAUUUUCAUUUAUACUUUAACUUUAACAGUUUAAGUAACUGUUACUUUGAAAUUUUCAAACAGAUACCCGCCUCUCGCCUCUUACGUCUCCAGCUUCUCGAUUCUACCUCAAAUCGAUAGUGUAGCGCUGGGAAAGCAGACAGGGGCAAUUUGCUUUGGGAAUAUCCAUCGUAUGUUGGUAAACGGCGUCUGCUACAGUCUGCUUUGCCGAUUGCAAAACGUGAUCGGGAAACAGUUUGCCAGAAUAUACCCUGACCCUCCGAACCAGCACCGAAACUGCCUUCGUGGAAAAAGGCCGCAUCUUUGUAGUGACAGAAAGCAUGUCAGACCACUGUCGGCUUCUAGGUGGCAGUAGUAGGUAAAUGAAUUGAGACAGUCAGGGAAACCUGUCCUAGAACAGACUAAAACCAA